ACAGACAGCCGCGGGCCGGCAGCAGGGGUACGGUCCCAGGCAGCGCUUCCCGGAGAGCCCGAAGCCCAGCCCUCCCGCGGGCGGCACAUGGCAGGGGAGCGCUGCCUUCCCGCGCAGGUUCAUUAGGUCAGGGCUCUCCCUAGCGCGCUGCAGCACUCCAGGUCUGCUGGCUUACCGCAGGAAUUAAAAUGCAGGUGACUGUUUACUUCUGUUUGGGCUGCUGCAUUUUCUUAGCUUCGGGAUACAACUCCUUCAGCAAAAGCAUGGAGACGCUAGGCAAGAAGCAGUACCAGGUCCAGCACGGGUCCUGCAGCUACACCUUCCUCCUGCCCGAGGCGGACAACUGCCGCUCCUCCGCCUCCUACGUCUCCAACGCGGUGCAGCGGGACGCACCUUUAGAUUACGACGACUCGGUUCAAAGACUGCAACUACUCGAAAACAUCAUGGAAAACAACACUCAGUGGCUAAUGAAGCUUGAGAAUUACAUCCAAGACAGUAUGAAGAAAGAAAUGGUAGAGAUCCAGCAAACUGCAGUGCAGAACCAGACUGCAGUAAUGAUUGAAAUAGGCACAAACUUACUAAAUCAAACAGCUGAACAGACCCGCAAAUUAACAGAUGUUGAAGCACAAGUAUUAAACCAGACAACCAGACUUGAACUUCAGCUUUUGGAACACUCUCUUUCAACAAACAAACUAGAAAGACAGAUUUCAGAUCAGACCAGCGAGAUAACCAAAUUACAAGAAAAAAACAGUUUUCUAGAAAAAAGAGUUCUUGAGAUGGAAGACAAGCAUACACUUCAGCUGAAGUCAAUAAAAGAUGAAAAAGAUCAGCUUCAAGUCCUAGUAGCCAGACAGAAUUCUAUAAUAGAAGAACUAGAAAAACAGUUAGUUACAGCUACAGUAAACAACUCAGUUCUGCAAAAACAGCAACAUGAUCUGAUGGAGACUGUUCAUAACUUGCUUACUAUGAUAUCUACACCAAACUCAGCUAAGAACAACUUCGUGGCUAAAGAGGAGCAAAUCAGCUUCAAAGACUGUGCUGAAGCUUUCAAAUCUGGACUGACAACAAGUGGAAUCUACACCUUAACAGUUCCUAACACUGCACAAGAAAAGAAGGCCUACUGUGACAUGGAAACUGGUGGAGGAGGUUGGACUAUUAUUCAGAGACGUGAAGAUGGCAGUGUGGACUUUCACCGGACAUGGAAAGAGUACAAGAUGGGAUUUGGUGAUCCUGCUGGGGAGUACUGGCUGGGAAAUGAGUUUGUUUCUCAACUGACUAAUCAGAAGCGUUAUGUUCUUAAAAUACACCUGAAAGACUGGGAAGGAAAUGAAGCAUAUUCACUGUAUGAGCACUUCUCUCUAGCAAAUGAAGAACUAAAAUACAGGAUCUACCUUAAAGGACUUACUGGGACAGCAGGCAAAAUAAGUAGUAUAAGCCAACCAGGAAAUGAUUUUAGCACAAAGGAUGCAGACAAUGACAAAUGUAUUUGCAAAUGUUCACAAAUGCUAACAGGAGGAUGGUGGUUUGAUGCAUGUGGUCCUUCUAACCUCAAUGGAAUGUAUUACCCAUUACGGCAGAACAACAACAAGUUCAACGGCAUCAAGUGGUACUACUGGAAAGGCUCGGGAUACUCUCUCAAAGCCACGACUAUGAUGAUUCGACCAGCAGAUUUCUAAAUGCUUUUGCAUUAUGUGAAUUAUGUAUUGUGUAGUCCUCAAAGACUUCAUUUGCCAAGCAUGUAAACACACAACUGCAAUUUGUCUUAUUUUCAAGCCCAGAAAACAUGCACUGGUGUUCUGAGGGGAUGAGUUCAGUACAAUUCCUGAAUUGCAAUAGCCUUGAUCAGCUACAGCUCACGUUAUCCAGCCAGACACAAAGUCAGAAGCAUCAACCUGGUAUCACAGUGAUUUGGCCAAACAACUGACUAAAAAGAACAUCCAAGAAACUGUCAGACACCUUAAGGACUGUGUUUUACUGAUCAUUUAUGUUAUGUAUGUGUUAGUAAAUAACUGGAACUGUGAAAAAUACCUAAAAUAGUUUUAGAAAUACGCGUUUUGCCUCACCAUUGAACUUUAAAUAUUACUCCAAUAUAAAACACUUAACUAGAUCUAUAACUAUUUAUCUCUGUGUCAUGUUUGCCUUUUAUGUACAUAAAACCCCCUGUCCUGUAAUUAGCUCAAUAUUGUAGUUAAAGAACACAUUUUUUAUCCCCAUAGUCUCCUAAACAACUUUGUACACUUCUUCAGGGAUUUUUUCCAAUAGCCUGUAUUACUUUAUUUAACAGAGGACAAAUAACAUUUAAGUACUUUGCAUUUAUUCUUGGGAAAUAUCAUGUACAAAAAUCACCAUUUCUUUCAGUUUUUACUUAUUACAGUCACUACCUUUAAGUUACAAAAAUCCCUGCAAAUUACUAUAUAGUACAUGUUUAUAUAUUUAUGAGGAUUGCACUUUUUUCCUUUCCUUGUCAUUUACCUGUAAAAUAACUGAUCAGUAUUUUAUAAACAGAGACAACAGCAUUAACACCAGAUGUCUGGAUGUCUAUGACAAUCAGUUAUCACCUUGUGCUGUAGCACAUCUAUAAGUUUUGUAAAAAUAACCUAACUGAAAAACAUAUGCAUGCUCUUUGAUACAAUUAAAUUUAUGCUCAUGAGUUACGAUACAAAUUACUACAUUUUAAAAACAGGAAAAAAAAUCCGUAAGUUACCAAAGGUCAUAGUGUUGGGUUUUUUUCAGUAAGGUUGGAACUUCUCCCUAGAAAUUUUUUGUGGGUGGGCCCUCAAUGUAUGUUGAGGCAAUGUGAAUAAAUUACUCUACUGGGUGAUUUUUGUGUUCUGUUUUUUUAAAUUCCAAUAUGCUUUAAAAUUCUGUAUUGUAUGUUGCAGUUAAGAUUGAAAAUAUAGUUUUUCAUAAACCACACACAGUAAUUUUGUGCAGAUUUCACCCCAAAAUUAACUUUGGGGUUUACUCUUAUGCAUAGUCUUUGCCUUAAAGUAGUAAUUUUAUACAUUUUUAAGUUCAGCAGAUGACUGAAUUAGUUACAAGACAAGAACAUAUGCCAGAGGAAAACAAAAGCCCCAGACACAACAUUUCUGGAGACUUACUUAACCAAAGGUAUUGUGUCUUAAAAAAAUAAAUUAUUUUGAGAAAGAUGAAGAAAACUCUUCAUUUCAUACUGACAGUCAUUAAAGCACAACACCACAAUCCUUCUUCACUGAAAAUGUGUCAGCAAAUGGCAGCAGAGACAAGACAUACUUCUGUAGUACUUCAUGAUCUGAUUUUAAAUAAACCAAAUAAAUGUAAAUAAAGUAAUCAUCUGAAGAGUUGCAUAAAAUAAUCGGAAUGUAUUUAAGACUGCUGUUUAAGUAUUUUAUUGUUUCUCCCAGCAAACUCUUAAGGAUGCACAUAUCCCAAAGUAAAAAAAUACUUCACAAAACUGAUUUCAUGGAUUUCUAAGAAACGUCUCAAAGACCAAGUCUAGCAGAGGACCACGAAGCUAGUAAAGGAGUUAGAAAUACCAACAAGCACACGGCAUACCAGGAGAGGCCAGGAAAGCUGGUCUUUUUCAGCCUGGAGAAGAGAAGGGGAAAAAGAGACCUUACUGCUGUCUACAGCUGUCUGAUUGAGGACACAGAGAAGACACAGCCAGUUCCCUCUUGGAGGUGCAUCACAAUGGGACAAGAGACUGGGACAAGAGACAGCAAACACAAGUUGAACCAGGAAACUGGAUUUUCUUUUCAAUGUGUUCAUUUAUUAUCAUGAGGGUGGACUGGAGAAGUCCCUUGGAGUACAUCACUGAAUUAGACAAUCUUAAAGAGUUCCCUUCUAAUCUAAAAUAUUUUAUGAUUCUAUGAACAGUAAUGCUGAGUUGGGAUUAUUGUAUCUCCUGCUUCACCACAUUUAAUCAGACAGUUAAAGAAAAUAGUACAAAAAAAAAAAAAGCUUAAAAACCAUGAUGGAAACUGGCACAGUAUGAAAACUGAACCUGGCAAGUGCUAGCUUUUGGUGACAUUAACUUUCAUUAUUUUAGUAAGAAAACACUCUGUGUCAGGAAUAAUAAAAUAUUGCAUUGUUAGCUUUGAUUUGCUGGAAAAAAGUCUUUGUAAAGCUUCAGGCUUUUUAAUGACUAUACUGGGAAAGUCAUCAAAGAUACUGAUGUAGACAUUGAACGGAUUAUUUAAUGAGCCCUUUUAAUUUUUUUUUUAAAAUUGAGUGACUUAUCAACACAAAUGUAAAAUGAGAUUGCAUGGCUUACACUGCAAACAGCAAAGUUAAGUGAGAGGAGGACAUUUUGGAAGAAAUGCAGUAAUAGGAAAAAGAAGGCUGCAACAGCUGCUUUGGACUUGGUACAAACAAUUAUAACAGCAAGCUAACCCCUCCUUUGAAUUCCUUCAUGUAAUCAAAUAAACGGUGUAUGCAACUCAAA